UCUUUUCAUUUUUUUUUUGUUUUUUUUUCCUCUUUCAACAAAGUGUGUGGGGGGUAUUCUGCACUUUGAAGAGAUCAAAUUCUCUGACUCAAGAACCUAGCGGUGACCAGAAGAGAGAGUGAUUCCACACGACCAGACCACGUGGUGAGAAGGAAGGAGCAUCGUGUAUCACGCUGAUCGCAGCUGAUCUACGGAGUAUAAAUAUACCGACUAUUCUGACCACAUAGAUGGACGAUCGUCUCCUGCGUCAUCUCUCUCAUCAUCGAGUCUGAAGAAACAAAUCCAAUCACAAGGAAAAUCCUAAAACGAUCCGUAACGAGGAGUUUGGGGAUAAAAGUGCCGCCACUCGCAGCCAAGGAACCCCAAUCUCUGGUGGAUAAAGUGUUUAGUGAGCAAAAUAGAAACAUUCAUAGAAAUUUGAGGUUCUGUUUGUGUCUUCUGGAUACUUUGGAUCCAAUCUCGGCCGUACAGAAAUGGAUCAAACAGAGAAAACCUUUCCGUGUUCCGAGUGCGGGAAACGUUUUACAUAAAAAAGAUAUCUGAAAAUACACGAGAGAAUUCACACCGGGGACAAACCGUAUGCGUGUUCCGAGUGCGGGAAACGUUUCACCACAAUGGGACAUCGUAGUAGACACGAGAACAUACACACAGGAGAGAAACCGUUCGUGUGUCCUGAAUGUGGCAAAGGUUUUAUGACAGAGGAAAACCUCAAGUGCCACGAAAGGCUCCACACAAGAGUAAAGCCAUUCAUGUGUUCCGAAUGUGGAAAAUGUUACAUGUCCAAGACCGCGCUUAGAGCUCAUGAGAAAAAUCACAAAGGAGAGAAACCGUUUGCGUGUUCCGAAUGCGGAAAACGUUUUUAUAGAAAACUACAUAUCGAGCAGCAUGAGCGGAUUCACACGGGAGAGAAGCCGUUCGCGUGUUCGGAAUGCGGCAAAUGUUUUAACACAAAGUCACAACUGAAUGUGCAUGAGAGGACUCACACCGGGGAGAGGCCGUUUGCGUGUUCGGAAUGCGGCAAAUGUUUUAACACAAAGUCACAACUGAAUGUGCAUGAGAGGACUCACACCGGGGAGAGGCCGUUUGCGUGUUCGGAAUGCGGCAAAUGUUUUAACACAAAGUCACAACUGGGUGUGCAUGAGAGGACUCAUACCGGGGAGAGGCCGUUUGCGUGUUCAGAAUGCGAGAAGUGUUUUUUUACGAAGCCAGUGCUACGGAGACACGAGCUGUUUCACCGUGGAGAAAAACCAUUUGGGUGCCCAGAGUGCGGAAAACGUUUCAUUUUAAAGGCAGAAUUGACCACACACACGCGAUGUCAUACUGGAGAGAAACCAUUCUCGUGUCCUGAAUGCGGGAAACGCUUCUGUACGACGGGGAACCUCAGUGAUCAUAUCAGAACGCACACUGGAGAGAAACCGUUCGCGUGUCCUGAAUGCGGGAAAUGCUUCACUACGGCGGGAAGCCUCAGUGUUCAUAAGAGAGUGCACACGGGAGAGAAACCAUUCGCGCGUACUUAAUGCGGGGAACGUUUCGCUAGACAAAGGAACCUUAAUACACAUGAAACUAUUUGCGUGUUCUGAAUGUGGCAAAGGUUUUUUUGAGAAACGAACUGCACAAGUGCCACGAAAGGCUCCACACAGGAGAAAAGCCAUUCGGUUGUUCGGAAUGU